CCCACCCCCCGGAGCAGAUCCCUGCGGCCCUGGGGGUCGGUGUGCUGCUCUGACUCCCAAAUCGUGAGGUUUUGUUUCUUCGUGAUGAUUGUGGUAGCGGCUUCAGUUCUUGGGGGGUUUGUUCUUUUCAGAAAUCCCAAAUCCCUUGCGAGUUUUGCAGUGAGUUAUACGCUGGGUGUUUCCUGUCCUGCGUUGGUGACGCGCUGCUGAAUAUCCCUUUUCUUUCCUUUUCCUCCUUUCUCGGUUCUCCCUCUCCUUCCCCGCUCUGUGCUGGGUUCCUCCUACCACUGUUAUUAAGACACAGUUUGAGUUUUGAUCCAGUUCAUGGAAGAACGCAAGGAUCGGGCUGAGUGGGGCUUAAGUGUAUGCAUGGAGUUAAGUGGGUGCUUAAAUACAUUAGCUAACUGGUUUAAAUACGUGCUUAUGUGCUUGGUAGUCUCAGAGCUUCAGUAGAUGUUCUGGGAAGUCCUGGCUUUCCUGCCCUCUUCGCGGAGGGUCUCUGGAAGCCGCUCUUGGGCACGUGCGUGCUGGGCUUGCUGCGGUUCUGGAAUAGGCAGCUGGUCGAAGCAGGACCGAAGCUCUGUCCGUGCCUCAGGGCUGUUGCGGCCAUGGGCGGAUGCCACCCUCCAGACAGAGAUGAACCUGGGAUCUGCUGGCAGAGCUCAGCAUGCAAGUUCUCCCCGGACUUCGGUCGUGAUGGUCAAAUUUCAGGUUGUAGGUGUCUGCCAGCCUGGCUGGUUUUGGCUGAAGCAGGAGGGGAACGGUGGCACAGAGCAGCUUUUCUGGGAGUUUAGAAGAGCCUCCGACAUCCCAUAGGAAUAACAUGAGUCUGGGCCAGGCUGGUGGGCAGUAGCUGUGCUGACUAGCGUGUGUUUUGCGGAGGGCACUGUCUGUGCCUUUGGGAAGCCAGCCUAGGUACAGCAGUUUCCUGAGAUAAGGACAAGCAAGGAAUAACGACAGUAAGCACAUGCAUGCGCACGCAAACCCCCGGCACGUGUUCUUGAGCUGGCCCUUGGCCUUUAAGCCAUCCACGCUCAGCUCAAGCCCUCUGGGCGUUAGCCCUGCAGAGCAGUGAGUGCCGCUCCCUGGGACGUUAGUGGAAAGAGACCCAAAUGCAAUGUGAGAACCUGCCUUUGGCCUCCUUUCAAGGUGCUCCACGCCCGGACGUGUCCUACUAGCUAGAACAAAGUUUCUAGACAGACAUACGGGAGUCUGGGGCCCGCUGCACCCGGUGAGUCCAGGAGCGAUGAGUGAGCCUCUGCAAUGCAAUGCACUGGCUGUCCCUGGUUGUUUGGAGAAUCAAGUGUUUUCUCCUCGUGAGGCUAAACACUCUGAUUUUUAGACGUUUGGUCAAAAAAACAGUUUUGAACCUUCCAUAUCUUCCGAACAUCAGCCGCAGCGUGAAGGUUUGGUCUGAUUGGAAGUGAAUUUAGACAACCCUGUAAUCCAAAAGAAGGACCAUGUGUGCAUGUUAGUCCCGCUACUUGUAUCCAGAGCUGCUGACGACAGCAAAAGAGGAGCCUGGUGGGAGGUCCUCCUCCAACGCUGGGGCUGUUGCACAGUCCAGCCUCCUCUGAGCGCUCCUGCCACCAUCGUGUCAUCGUUAGCAGAUGAGAAUAAAAAAUUAGCAAAGACUAAAGUUUACAAGGGCCCUAAUCCCUCUCCCCUUGUGUCUCUUUCAUCUCCAGUCAAACCGGGAAAGUGGUAAUAGACCUUCCUUACUAAAUUAAAUGUAGAGGCUGCUCCUCCAAGGAAAGUUUCAGUUCAACCGUAGUGUUUGAUUUCCCAGCCACAGCAAUAUGGUGCCUCCAGGGAAAAAGCCAGCUGGGGAAACUUCCAAUUCCAAUAAAAAGUGUAAGCGCUAUUUCAAUGAGCACUGGAAGGAAGAAUUUACCUGGCUGGAGUUUGACUAUGAGAGGAAACUCAUGUUUUGCGUAGAGUGUCGCCAGGCGCUGGUGAAGAACAAGCAUGGUAAAGCAGAGAACGCCUUUACCGUGGGCACGGACAACUUCCAGCGCCAUGCCCUGCUGCGGCACGUCACCUCCGGCGCUCACCGCCAGGCGCUGGCGGUGAACCGAGAGCAGCUGGCCUUCGAGGCGCGCGUCCACAGCCAUCCAGAGCUGCGCUCGGUCAUCAAGGUGGAGGUGAACCCCGCCAAGAUCGCCAUCCUCACCACUGUGUACUGGAUGGCCAAGGAGGAGAUCCCGGAUGAGAAGUGUUCCUCCCUGCUCGAGUUCCAGAAGUUCAACCUGUGCCAGGCGCUGCUGACCUCCGAGCACAGUGAAUAUUACCACCCCAGCAGCGUCAGAGAGAUGCAGGCAGCGAUCGCCAAAGUCCUACACAACGAGGACAGGCACAGGAUAAAAGCCUCGCCGUUCAUUGGGCUGGUGGUGGACGAGACGGUGGACGUCAUGGAGCACCGUAACCUGGCCAUGUUCACCACCACCGUCUCCCCCUGCAACGGGCAGACCUCGGCCACCUUCCUGGGGAGCUUUGAGCUGCCUGCCGGCGAGGCCUCCACGGUGACAGGCAAGGUGAGCGAGGUGAUGCGCUCCUUCGGCAUCCCCACCAUGAAGAUCACCUGGCUCAGUGCUGACAGCGCCUCUCUGGUGGCUGAGCGGCUGAGCGGGGUGGGGACUGCGCUGAUGUCUCUCUGCCCGCUCCUCACGGAGAUGCACUGCCUGUCCCACGGGAGCUCCCUGCUGCCAGCCGAGAGCGUCGUCACCGUCGAAUACCUCCAGAAGUACGAGACUACUGUGGAUGCCGUGUACAGGCUCUACUCCCGCUUCAAAGGGGAAAGCAACAGCCUGCAGGAGCUGCGGAGCGUCCUGGACCUCUGCGAGAUAGACCUCGAAAGCCCCAGGGCCAUCCACUGGACUUCUAUUUUCCCAGCUGUGGAAGCCAUCGACUCCUCAUGGCCCACGCUGGUGCUGCUGCUGGAGAGCGAGGCGGAGCGGUCGCCUGUGGCACUAGGCCUCUGCGAAGAGCUCAAGAAGUUUCAGUUCGUGGCCUUCACCAAGAUUCUCCUGGACGUCCUCCCCAUCUUCCAGAAACUCAGCCGCUUCUUCCAGAUUGAGGACUUCGACCUCUCCAUCCUCAAGCCCAUUGUCUCCACGACGGCCACUACCCUGCAAGCCCAGAAGAGUGCCAGUGGACAAAACCUGCAGGAGUUCCUCAACGAGAUGAACGAGCACCCGCGGGACGACCGGGAGGGUGAGAGCCGGCUCUACUAUAAGGGUGUGGAGCUGGCCAACUGCUCCAAGGUGCACCUGAAACACUUUGAGCACCUGAAGGAGAGCUACCUGGAGAGCGUGCGGGGCAACCUGCUGGACAGGUUCCCCAGCAGCGUCCUGGAGGCCAUCAGCUCCUUCUCGGCUAUCUUUAACCCCAAGUGCUACCCUCAGUCUCUGGAGGACAUUGGCAGCUAUGGGGUGAGCGAGCUGAACUUCCUUUUGCAGGCAUACUCGCGGGUGGUGGUGAGCGAGAGGGCUCUCAGCGACUUCCCCCUCUUCAAGCGCAUCGUGUUCAGCCUCAGCCAGCUGUCCUUCAAGGACCUCUGUGUCAAGCUGGUUUACAGCAACUCCGAGAUGCACGAGCUCUUCCCGGACUUUGCCGUCCUCGCGGCCAUCGCUCUGGCCUUGCCGCUGGGCUCCGUGCUGGCCGAGAAGAUCAGCCGGGGCCGGGAGCUCCUGAAGCGCGGGCGGUCGCGCUGCACCAGGGACGAGGGGCUGUCCGACCUCAUGAAAAUCGCCAUCGACGGGCCGGCCAUCAACGAGUUUGACUUUGCGCUGGCCAUCGAGUACUACGAGAGCAUGCGGGAGUCCAGCUUCCUCGUGGCGCAGGUGAAGUGAGUGGUGGCGUGGGAAGGUGGACGCGCACGGCGCGGCUGAGCCCUGCGGCCCCGACAGCGGUGCGGGCGCCGGGUGGCCAAGGGUGACCCGCUCGGCACUGGGCAGAAGAAGAAAGGGGAUGCUUU